AUGAACAGGUGCCCAUCAAGUGUUUCUGGUUCUCCUUGGAGUGACUCCACCUCCCACUCCUCGGACGAGGAGGAGCUCGAGGAGGAGGUGAUUGAGGAGGAGAAAGAGGAGAAAGAGGAGGAGGACAUGGCGAUGGAGGCUGAAGACGAACCCAGAGAGACGCCUCUUCCCCAAAAGGAGGAUGAGGAGAAAUGUGACUGCGAGGAGGAUGAGGAGAAUUAUGAGGACUAUGAGGAGGAUUUUGAAGAUGACGACUAUGAGAGCGACUUUGAGAGCGAGAGUGAGAGAUCUAACAAAUCCAAGACAUGUGAUGAUCUCCAGGAAAAUCUCCAGAAAAUCCUGGAGGAGGAGAGAGAAGCCAAAGCUGCUCUUGAAGAGGCCUUAAACCAGGAGAAGCUUGAAAAGUCUGAGCAGGAAGCAGCCCUGAAAAAGGAGAAAAAGGAAAAAGAGAGAGUAGCCGAAGCUCUGGAGGACGAGCAGGCGGAGAAGACCAGCCUCCGGGUGGAGGUGGAGCUCCUCAGGGCGCAGAUGUCCGAUCUGGAGACGUCACAGACGGCGCGACAAGACGACAACGAAAGGCUCACGGCCCAGAUAAGCAAGCUGAAGGCUGUUAGAGAAAAGGACAAAAAGGAGAUGAAGCGGCAGAAGGACAUCGUCAUCGGAAAAGACGAGGAGAUUUGGUCCCUGCACGUGAACAUCCUGAACCUUCAGAAUGACGCCAGAGCGCAGGACGACCUCGUUUCAUCGCUGCAGGAGAAAGUUAACCAGUCGGCCGCGGAGGUCGAGGUGGAACGAACAAAGAACAGCGAGCUCCAGGGUGAAUACAUGGAUGCGGUGGCCCGGCAGAACGAGGAAAGAGCUAAAGCGGAUCGGCUGAGCCACGAGAACAAACUCCUGGUUUCCACCAACCAGAAGCUGCAGGACGAGCUGGACUCGGUCCUGGCGAAGGAGGAGAAAACUCAGACGCAGCUCAGGGAAGAACAAGAAGCUCGAGGCAAACUGGAGGCUCAGCUAUCCAGCGCACAAGCGACGACGCAGACGCAAGAGAAAGACCUCGCAGAGAAGACUCUGGCUUUGGAAAAGAGUCUGAGCAACGAGCAGAAAUGGAGACGGGCCUUGAAAAAGGAGCAGCGGCGGCGCUCGGAGGAGACGGGUUCAAAAAAGCCCAAAGAGCACCUGCUGUACGACAUGGAGACGCUGAAGAUGGAGAACAAACACCUCGUCAAGCAGCUGGACGCCAUGGAGACAGAAUAUGAAAUGAAACUGAGAAGGCAGAGCUCUAUAUCUGAGGGCCAUGAAGAGACUGUGACCGUUAAUCAGCUGCAGUCUCAGGGAGAGUCCCGACAGAAAGAGCUGGAAGACGAGCUACGAAAGGAGAAGACACGAGUCUCCGAGUUGCAGCGGAGAGUCGACGCAAACGUCUCGGCCCUCGCUGAGCUCAAGGAAGCUUCUGCAAAGCAGGCGGAGACGCUGGAGGGAUGGAAAACCGCGGCCGAGGCUCUGCAGAGGAGUCAGGAAAACUGCAAGAGGCUUCACGACCAACAGCAGGUUGGAACAAAGGUUCCUCUCAGACGCGUCGACGGCACAAAGAUGAGGCUGAAGCAGCAGAGCAGAGCGUUGGACGGGAGCAUCAGGCUCCUGCACGGCCUCCAGAAAGAGUUCACCGCGCUGGUGAGGAGACACGACGACGUCAACUCCGACUACUGCGAACUGCUCAGAGCUCACAACGCUCUGCAGGUCGAAUACGAGAGGACGACCUACCAGAGCAGAAACUUCACCAGCUAA